UGUGGCUUUUUUGUACUUUCUCAUUUCAGAGACUUUGAUUCUCUCUCCAAGGAUGAUGUCUAUGAGAAUAACCGCUUGGCCUUUGAAUUGGCAGAGCGGGAGCUGGGCAUCCCAGCCCUGCUAGAUCCCAAUGACAUGGUCUCCAUGAAAGUCCCUGACUGCCUCAGCAUCAUGACUUACGUGUCUCAGUAUUACAACCAUUUCAACAACGCCAGCCAAGCCAGAGUCCCUCCGCCUAUGAAGUGCCCAGCCACUGCCUCCUCGCCUCCUCUGCUGUCCCACAAGAAGCCUGUGGCUGUUGUUGAGAGUCCCCCAGCUCCACAGGAUGAUGCCUCCUCGGACUCUUUGGAGCGGUCCCAACGCACCACACUCAGCAGUACCUGCACAGCCUGCCAGCAGCACGUCCACCUGGUCCAGCGCUACCUGGCCGAGGGCAAGCUCUACCACCGCCAGUGCUUUAGGUGUAAGGAGUGCUCCAGCACGCUGCUCCCGGGGUCGUACAAGCCUGGGUCAGAGGCAGGGACUUUUGUCUGCAUGCAGCAUCGUGGUAAAUUGGCUGUGAGUGGGAAGGCGGAGCGGAGGCCCAGCCCAGACCGACAGUCACCAGAGCUAAGAACUGAAACUGGGGCUGGAAGCGUGGGUGAGGAUGCCCUCGCCGCAGAAGCAGAGGUGGGGAAAGACGAUGGCAACUCCCUGGAGAGCAUGGCAGAGACCCAGAUGCCUGCGGAAGUGCUAGCUGGCCCAGCGGAGAAGGACAGCACGCCCAGCAAAGCAGAGACAGCGAUGCCCCCUGCUCACGCAGGCAGCGGGGCGCCCAUCUCCCAGACUCCCCCCAGACCUCCCCUUCCUAGCAAGCCCACGCUGCUCACCCAGGACAAAGCCUCGCUGGAUGGACGGCUCAGAGACAUGCGGCCCACGCCUGCCCCAAGGAGGGCCACCAAUGGGUCAGCCCUCUCUCCUCCAACCUCUCACCCUGUCCCCCGGCCCAGGUCCACUCUCCAGGGGGAGAGCAGCGAGUGCGGGCCUGGCAUGGUGAACGGUAGGGUACCUGAACCCAGCCCCCCUGUCCCAAAACCCCGAGGGAGACCCUGCUCCUCUGAUCGUGCCGCUGUGAGAGCCAAGGACCCACCAUGGAUGGCCUUAGUGCAAGCAGAACCCAAGAAGAAGCCAGCUCCCCCUCCUCCCCCAGGCAGCAGCCACGAGACUCUGAGCAGGACUUCAGAGGAGGAGGAUGGGGAGGAGGUGGGAAAAGCUGGGAGCGAGGAGAGUAAGUCUGAUGCCACAGAACCCAAAUCGUAUAACCCCUUUGAGGAGGAGGAUGAGGAGGAAGAGGAGAGUGCUACCACCCAAAAGAGCACGCCUGAGCAGGAGCAGAAUGAGACCGCUGCCAAGCCUCUCCACCCCUGGUACGGCAUCACUCCCACCAGCAGCCCAAAGGCGAAGAAGCGGCCAGCUCCACGAGCCCCCAGUGCUUCCCCACUAGCCCACCACCCCAUCUCCAGGCUGUCACACUCUGAGCCAUCAUCCUCCACCCCAUCUCCAGCCCUCAGCCUUGAGAGCAUCAACUCCGAGAGUUCAGCCAAGGUGCUGGGUGACACUGAUGAGGCCUCAGUGCCCAAGAGCUCCUCCGAGCCCACUGUCCACACGCCAACGGCUACCAAGACCUCUAGCACUGACACGCCGAGGUCUUCCUGCAAAGAGAACCCCUUCAACCGGAAGCCAUCACCUGCUGCCUCCCCCUCUGCAAAGAAACCUCCCAAGGGCUCCAAGCCAGUGCGUCCUCCUGCCCCGGGUCAUGGCUUCCCGCUGAUCAAACGCAAGGUGCAGACAGAUCAGUACAUCCCCGAGGAAGACAUCUAUGGGGAGAUGGAUGCCAUCGAGCACCAGCUGGAUCAGCUGGAGCACCGUGGGGUGGCCUUGGAGGAAAAACUUCGCAGCGCUGAGAAUGGCAGCAGCCACGAGACUCUGAGCAGGACUUCAGAGGAGGAGGAUGGGGAGGAGGUGGGAAAAGCUGGGAGCGAGGAGAGUAAGUCUGAUGCCACAGAACCCAAAUCGUAUAACCCCUUUGAGGAGGAGGAUGAGGAGGAAGAGGAGAGUGCUACCACCCAAAAGAGCACGCCUGAGCAGGAGCAGAAUGAGACCGCUGCCAAGCCUCUCCACCCCUGGUACGGCAUCACUCCCACCAGCAGCCCAAAGGCGAAGAAGCGGCCAGCUCCACGAGCCCCCAGUGCUUCCCCACUAGCUGGGGCUAGCCCUACCCCCAUCCUCUUGGCUUCAGAUGGGGGUGCUGGGAGCCCUAAGACGCCCUCCUCGCCCAAGCCACAGCUGAAGUCUUCCUGCAAAGAGAACCCCUUCAACCGGAAGCCAUCACCUGCUGCCUCCCCCUCUGCAAAGAAACCUCCCAAGGGCUCCAAGCCAGUGCGUCCUCCUGCCCCGGGUCAUGGCUUCCCGCUGAUCAAACGCAAGGUGCAGACAGAUCAGUACAUCCCCGAGGAAGACAUCUAUGGGGAGAUGGAUGCCAUCGAGCACCAGCUGGAUCAGCUGGAGCACCGUGGGGUGGCCUUGGAGGAAAAACUUCGCAGCGCUGAGAAUGACAGCCCUGAGGACAGCCUGCUGGUGGACUGGUUCAAACUCAUCCAUGAGAAGCACAUGCUGGUGCGCCACGAGUCAGAGCUCAUCUACAUCUUCAAGCAGCAGAACCUGGAGCAGCGGCAGUCGGACGUGGAGUAUGAACUGCGUUGCCUCCUCAACAAGCCAGAGAAGGACUGGACGGACGAGGACCGAGGGAGGGAGAAGGUGCUGAUGCAGGAGCUGGUUACCAUCAUUGAGCAGAGGAAUGCCAUUGUGAACUGCCUGGAUGAGGACCGGCAGAGAGAAGAGGAGGAGGAUAAAAUGUUGGAAGCCAUGAUUAAAAGAAAAGAAUUUCACAAGGAGGCGGAGACCGAGAGCAAGAAGAAAGGCAAAUUCAAGCCCAUGAAGGUGCUUAAGCUGCUGGGCAACAAGCAUGACUCCAAGAACAAGUCGCCCAAGGAGAAAAGCUAGAGCAGGGGAACGCCAGCAGUGGGAGGGAUGUGCUGCCCGACUGCCCUGACUUCUCCGUAGCUGGCUGGGAUGCCUGUCAGGAAGGGGGGCUCCUCUCCCUCCACUCCACUCUCCUCUCCCCACACUCCCUCCCCAGGCACCAGAGCUGCCGUCCUGGGGAGACACCAGCCCUCUGCCCGGAGUCGGGAGGGGGAGUCCAACCAAAGCGUUCCCCUUCCCGAGGCUGCAGAGGAGCCUGACCGUCCCCUCUGUGAAGCCUUGCUAACGAGGCGGGGAGAAGAUGGAUUCGCUUUUUGGAUACGUUACCCCAUUGCGUGUGCUUGUUAUUAACUGAGAAGCAAGCCAAGGAGUUUGGUGUUUGUGGGAAAACUUGCACUAACUGCCCCCUGUCCCUUCUCCCGCUGUAACUGACAGUUCCGUGUGCCUCCGACCUCUGCCAGGAGGGGACAGGGCCUGCCUGGCCCCCCCUGCCCGCCCGCUCUUGUCCCCUUCCUGUCCUGUUUUUAACUUUGGGAGAAAGCUCUGACAUUAGAAUCAGGAUUCUUUGGGUUUUACUGGCCUAAACUAAAAUGUUAAGAAAACACUCCCGCAUCACAAGGCUCUAGAGCCAUAGCCAAAAAAAUAACUGGUGCCCUAUUUAUUUUGAGCCGUCCCCUCCCUCAAGCACCAGGGCUGGGUGGGCUCUGUUACAGGGCUGAGAGGACCCAAGGGGACAGUGUACAGCUGCUAGGACGUAGCUCAUGCGCCCUACUCAGGACAUCUUACCCCCCCACUGCUGCUAAACACCGCUGACUCUGCUGCCUUCCGGGGGAGGGAGGAAGGUUCCUUUUCCAGGCAAGGGCAGAAAAGUUCAAGACUGACUCAGUGCCCUCGGUGCCAGCCAGGGGCCCUAAGCCUAUGCCCCUGCUCACCAGUGCCACCCUUGAGCGGCUGGGGAAAGGCACGGUCACAACUGACCAUUACCCAGCUUCAUCUGUGGAUGCUUUGAAAGCGUGCAGGGUUUGGCUGGUUAUUUUUUACACCUCCUUUACUAGAUGAAUUCAAACCCACCCUGUAACUUUUUAACCCCCUUAUUUUAUUUGUCAUGUGUGCGUGCGUGUGUGUACAGUGGAGGAGGGAAUGGGGGGGCGGUGUUCUUCCAACCAUCCCUUCUUCCUUCCAUUUUUGUUUCCUGCCUUCUCCUCCAAGGCAAGGGAUUAUUUAUUGAAUUGUUGGAUCAGUCUGCAUUAGAGUUUCAUGGGUGUUUGGUUGGUCAGCUGUUCGUCAUGCCUUCUCAUUAGCACAUUAGACAUAACCAGCCCCGAGCAAUCUGCUGUUGCCCCUUCUGAAAACCCAACAGGCUUUAGCCACAGCGCUCUCGGAGCAGUGCCUUGCAAGGUGGCUGGCGUAGCUUUCUGGAAAGGGAUCCUCGUUUCCCAAAAUCUGAGGGACUCGAGCUCCUCCUCAAUCCCAGCACGGCCCCCGUGGCUGGGAGGUGGCAAGCUCAGCCCCGUACUGGUGACGCCAUCUCGCUCUUGCCGUACCCCAGCAGGCUGAUGAAGAGCAGUGGUAGGGGAGAUCCCAAAGCACAACUCUUUUCCAAGGAGAAACAAAUCUGCUUUAGAGCCUGCUGUCAUGUCACUGUUGCCAAAGGCCAUCAGGAUCACUGCAGCCUGACACCCCUUGGCCCCGCGCCCAGUCUGAACUCUGAUUUGUAAAUUAUACUGUACUAACUCCGUGACUUCCAUUCACCUGAAGAGAAAUAAAA